CCGCCCAAACAAAGGGAGAGUCCAAGAAGCGCGAUAAUGGUCCUCGGCAAGUUCAUCCGUCACUACCUGGACCGCGAGCCCAUGGUGGUGGUCUCCUGCGCCAUCGGCGCUGUGGCCGUGUCGCUGCCGCUGGUGGUGGUGCCCAUCCGGCGGUCCAUGGGCCUCCCCACGGACCAGUACGACGGCCCGAUCAUCCCGGACUCCAUCAAGAAGUCGCGCGGCCACCUGGCGACCCCCGAGCAGUAAAUCACAAGACAAGCACAUUGCACCUGCCCCAUACAAGACGCAAGAGCAGCACUUAUUCUCUGGAGACUACAGAUGAUGGCGAGCUGUAUGUUGCUGACAGACAGACGGGCUUGAAUUACGAGGAGAUGUUGUUACUAGUCUCGUAAUAUACGUAGCUGCCGUUGUCU